UCUGGGUAGUAUGUUGGUAUUCCCCACGGAAACACUCGGAACAGACUAUCGUAUUGUCACGUUCAGUCCAAUCCCUCCGACCACAGACAAAGCCAUACUUGUCAUAGCAGCCGCAUAUUCGGACACAAGUAUUCAACUAUUUCCUGGAAGUGAAGAAGUGGAAUUAGAAAUUAAUGGAAUUUAUUAUACUGGAACAGAUAUAGCAAGUGUAAGUCUGGCCCAAUAUGAGAGUAUCGUGAUAUCUUCGUCAGAGGACCUGACCGGAAUCCGAGUGCUUGCCACUAAGCCGGUGGCAGUUUAUAGCGGGAAUAUCGACCUGUCUAUCAACAACGAUGGCGAAACCGACGCAGCCUUGGAGCAAAUGCCACCGAUAUCAGAACUAGGGCAAAAACACAUUAUCGUUUCUAAUCCAAAAGUUAAAAGGGACUUUAUCAAAAUUGUAAGCACGGUAGAUAACACUGAGGUAUAUGUGGAUAGUGUAUACUACGGAAUAGAUCUGGCCGGAGAAUUCGUAAUAACAGAACUGGGGUCGGAUGGGAGUGGAUCUUAUGCCAUUGUGAUCUCCUCCUAUCCCGUUCUUGUUGCCUUAUUUGGCGAUAAAGAUGAGAACUCUGAUAACGUUAUGACUGACGUAACAAUGACGAUUAUUCCACCAAUAACAAAUUACGGUAACAGUUAUGUCUUCAUUACACCAACAAAGUCACUUCCGGUUACGUAUACGCACAACGUGGUAGUUAUCUCCCCUCAAGGGCUCUCGGAAGACCUCCGACUGGACGGCAGCAGCACGAGUCUGCAGGGUCUGUCCUGGACGCCAGUGACGGACAUAAAUAAUGACGUAAACCACGAGAUCGUUUCAUCCAUAGUGAUCUCCGAGGGGGUGCAUGUACUCACCUCCCUCAACGACACACACCAGUUUGGCGGUUACCUGUACGGAACCGCCGCCCGACAGUCGUACGGUACCGCUCUCGCCACCUUCUCGAAGAAUACAUGGACGAUACAAGGUCUGUGUUCCACGUCGAAAUUUGUGAAGAUUGCUGACGACAAAUUGCCGUUUCCGGUUGAACUGAGCACGAACACGACACGGACCUACUUCCGCUGUUACCAGCUUUGUUCCCUUAGUGCUACGUGCGGAGUCGUGGCAGUUUUCCGCCAAUCGUCAACUUCUGUCGAAUGUCGCUUAUAUGAAUCAGAAACACAGUGCGGGCCAUUUCAGAAUGUUACUGGAUUCAAACUGUUCGCUAGACAAAAGUAGCCCUGGUAAGACUAGCUUACCUCAAAAUACAUCAACAGUAGCUAUAUAGGGAAGAUAAAUUCCCACCAACCAUCACACGAAAUACAAUCACGUGUUAGAAUUGUUUAAGUUGAAGAUCUAGUAAAGAAAAAAAGUCAUUUGAGGAGACCCUCAACGUUUGGAGUGUUCUUGAACGGGAGUCUGGCGUUAUCUUUAGGAACAGAAACUUCAAACAUAAAGAACGUAUACACACUGUAUUAAACCUGGUGAUUAGAAUGGAAACAAACUCAGAUCUUUUGGUACAUUUAUUUGGUCAUUAAACACGAAACAAUCUGGUAGCAUACUGAAUGUGCAGGUUUUUGGUAGAAAAGGAGGCUCGUCAGAAACUUGAAUUAAAUUACUAUAACAAAAACAAUGUAAUUGAUAAAUAUAU